UCUGAGGCCGGAAGUCGCGCUUCCUCGAAGCCCAUGACCACAGAAGCCCACGUAGGCCAGAAGGCGGUUCCCGCAAUCGGAGACUGGGCGACGUGUGUUUUCUAGAGUCUUUGCUGGUGACCCUUGACCCGGAAAGAGAAGUUUUGCGUCCGACCCAACAUGGCGCCUUCCACGCCGCUUUUGGCAGUGCGAGGAUCUGAAGGAUUCUACAUGGUGACUGGACCACCUAGUUUUACUGAGAAUACAACACUGCAAAGGGACUUCGGGAAAAACUGCAAAGUUUUUGCUUUCAGUAAGGAUGGUACUCUCUUUACGUGGUGCAAUGGAGAAAAAGUAAAUAUUGUGAAUGUUGCCAGCACUGAAUUACUGCACUCUUUUGAUCUCCCAAAGGCAGUUUGCCUUGAAUUCUCGCCAAAGAAUAAUGUCCUGGCAACGUGGCAGGCCUACACAACUGCUAAAGAUGGCACAGCAGGCAUGCCCAAUCUACAACUUUAUGAUGUGAAAACUGGGAAAUGUUUAAAGUCUUUCAUCCAGAAAAAGAUGCAGAAUUGGUGUCCUUGCUGGGCAGAUGACGAAAGUAUAUCUGCUAGGAUCGUAAAUAAUGAAGUGCACUUCUUUGAAAACAACAACUUUGAUACUAUUGCAAAUAAACUUCAUUUGCAAAAAGUUAAUGAUUUUGUGUUAUCACCAGGACCACAGCCAAGCAAGGUUUCUGUUUAUGUUCCUGGAAGCAAGGGUGCACCCUCGUUUGUAAGGCUGUAUCAGUACCCUAACUUUGGUGGCCCUCAAUCUGCAUUGGCCAAUAAAAGUUUCUUUAAAGCUGACAAGGCGACAAUGCUCUGGAAUAACAAAGCUACGGCUGUGUUAGUAAUAGCUAGUACAGAAGUUGAUAAAACAGGAGCUUCAUAUUAUGGAGAACAAACGCUGCACUACAUUGCAACAAAUGGAGAAAGUGCUGUUGUACAACUACCAAAAAAUGGUCCCAUUUAUGAUGUAGUAUGGAAUCCCAAUUCCACAGAGUUUUGUGCUGUGUAUGGUUUUAUGCCUGCGAAGGCAACUGUUUUCAAUCUGAAAUGUGAUCCUUUGUUUGAUUUUGGAACUGGCCCUCGUAAUGCUGCCUUCUACAGCUCUCCUGGACAUAUCUUAGUACUAGCAGGAUUUGGAAAUCUCAGAGGACAGAUGGAAGUAUGGGAUGUAAAAAACUACAAACUUAUUUCCAAGCCACUGGCAUCAGAUUCUACAUAUUUUGCUUGGUGCCCUGAUGGGGAACAUUUUGUAACUGCUACAUGUGCUCCAAGGCUACGAGUUGGUAAUGGGUACAAGAUCUGGCAUUAUACUGGCUCUGUUCUACACCAAUGUGAAGUGUCACCGAAUGCAGAAAUAUGGCAAGUUUCCUGGCAGCCAUUUUUAGAUGGAACAUUUCCAGCAAAAGCAGUAACUUACCAGGCAGUUCCAAGUGAACUGCCAAGUGCUGAGCUGAAGGUUGCCCAAGCUUAUAGACCACCAGCUCUGAGAAACAAGCCUAUAACCAGUUCCAAGCUGCAUGAGGAGGAGCCACCUCAGAACAUGAAACCACAACCAGGAAAUAGUGAUAAGCCAUUAUCAAAGAUGGCACUUAAAAAUCAAAGGAAGCACGAAGCAAAGAAAGCUGCUAAACAGGAGGCCAAAACUAAUGGGAACCAGGAAUCAACACCAUCUCCAGCAUUACAGAAUGUACCACGCAGCACUCUGCCUUCUGUGACAUCAGGAGACCCUGACGUAGACAAAAAAAUAAAGAAUUUGAAAAAGAAACUGAAAGCAAUUGAGCAGCUGAAAGAUCAAGCAGCUACUGGAAAACAGCUAGAGAAAAACCAGCUGGAGAAAAUUCAGAAAGAGGCGGCUCUCCUAAAGGAGCUAGAAGAUUUGGAACUAGGCUUGUAAAACAGUAGUGAAAAGGAAUUGGAUUGUUACACAAAAUCAGUGCAAAAUGGGGUGCGUUUUAACCUGAACAGAACAAAGAAUGUCCUUCAACUGCAGAUGGCUGAGGAAGGACAAGUUUACAUAUUUGCUGCACACCUACAUUUGUUAACCUU